ACACCGCCGCAGCCCUCGGAAGCAGCAUCAUCAGCAGCAUAAAAGAGCAGCACAGCAGAAGAGUGAAGCGCCAAACAGCCAGUCCGGAUUGAAGCUCUAUACUGAUAGCGCACACCCAGCAGAGGUUCAAGUGUGUUAUCAGUUGAGACAAGAAAGAGUGCUGCUUCCUGUCUGGUAUAUUUCCAUUUCAAUAAAUCAAAUCGCCGUUGAUUUUGAACUAUCGACCGCAAUUCCAGCAAAAAAAAAAGUGUGUCAGGAAAAAUCUGCAAUUCUAACUAGUGCCGAAAAUAGCAGUUUGAAACAGAAAUCGUCGUAUCGACGCGUGAGUUAACGAAACGAGGAAAUACGGUUCAUCAACUCACACACAGAGACGAUGCAGCAGAGAAGGAUCAUUUUCGGCGCUUUCGUCAUCUUCACCAUUGCAGUACUGUCCUACUACACUCACGCUUGCGAGCUCGAUCAAACUCAGCACGGCUGCCGGAUAGACAACGGUCAAUGCACGUGCGCCUUCGGAUGCAAAUCGGAAUUUCGAUACGCCACUCGUAAAGAAUGUCAAGAUGCGCUAAAGGGCCGCUCAGGUGACAUAUGCAGCAGGGCACCAUGCAUGAACGGAGGAUCGUGUACGCAGGUUACCGCAAUGCCACAGUACAAGUGCCGUUGCGAAGGAACAGGCUACUGGGGUAACCGCUGUCAGCGAUUGUGUCCGAGACCAGAGCAGGUAACAGCUGGAACCAAAUUCCCACAUGAAUGUGUAGUUAUCUAACACCAGAGAUCUAAGGUUUGCUAGAGGAUGACAUUUAUCGGCUAGGUAUUUAACAUAGCAGAUCAUUUCCUUGGAAGUACUUUACAUCACAACACUACUCAAACGCAUUUGGUUCUGUAUUACGAGAUGAACUGUAAAUGAUCCAGACUUCAUUCAAAUAAAAUAAAGAUGAA